UUUGAAGCGCAGCCCCUACAACAUUCUAGAACCAUCCGGUCUAAUCGCACCCGCCCGCGGGGCCCUGGGGAUAAGUGGGGGCUGGGCUUUAGCUCGGCGGCGCUUUACCCGCUGCUGCUCUGCUCUCUCGCAUAGGGUUUAUCUCCUCACCUCCUCGUCUGCCCCCAACUCGCUUCUCGCGCACGGCAGCCGGAUUCCAAAGCGCAGCCUCAGGCCCCAGCUCCGAAGACAAGCUAGCCGUCGUUCCGCGAGCACACGAGAAUGUCGUCGGUGCAGCUCUCUGGCGCCGGAGUCGCCGCCGUGGCCUUCACGAACAAGAGCCUGGCGACUCUCAGGGUCUGCUCGUCGAGGCGCUCGGCCCGUAGCCUUGUCGUCCGGGCUGCCACCGUUGUCGCCCCAAAGUACACUUCACUGAAGCCUCUGGGAGACAGGGUGCUCGUGAAGCUUGGCGCUGCCGAGGAGAAGACGGUUGGUGGCAUUUUGCUUCCAUCGACCGCGCAGACUAAACCGCAAGGAGGUGAGGUUGUUGCUGUUGGAGCGGGAAGGACCAUUGGGGAUAAGAAAAUAGAGGUCAGCAUAAAGACUGGGGCAGAAGUUGUGUACUCGAAGUAUGCUGGAACCGAGGUUGAAUUCAAUGACUCGAAGCAUCUCAUUCUAAAAGAGGACGAUAUCAUCGGUAUUCUUGAGACCGAUGAUGUGAAGGAUAUGAAGCCUCUCAAUGAUCGUGUCCUCAUCAAGGUUGCAGAAGCUGAAGAGACAACUCCUGGGGGCCUUAUCCUUACUGAAACAACUAAAGAGAAGCCAUCCAUUGGAACAGUUGUAGCUGUUGGGCCGGGCUCUCUUGACGACGAAGGCAAGAGGCAGCCACUGUCAGUGCCGGCUGGCAGCACCGUUCUGUACUCCAAGUACGCAGGUAGCGAGUUCAAGGGAGCUGACGGCACGGGCUACAUCGUGUUGAGAGCGUCGGACGUGAUGGCUGUCCUCUCUUGAGCGCCUCUCGUUUCCAGUUUUCUUUUAGUUUGCAACCAAUAGGUGGCGAUGCAGAUACUGUUCGGGACAACCGGAUAGAAUUUGUAUGGUCAAGUUACGAACUAGUGUGGGGGAGAGAAUUUGUAUGGUCAAGUUACGAACUAGUGUGGGGGAUAUAAAUGUCGACAUCUGAUAGUGAGAACACUGAGUUGAUUUACAAAGGACAUUUUUGGGGUGAAAUGAAAUCCUCCCUUAUUUGCUUGUGAGUAAUCAACUCCAAACCGAACUUUUGCAACAAAGUAAAUUCUGUAGACACACUAUGGAUGUGCAUAGUUUCAA